UGGCGUGCGCGCAGGCGCACUGGCUUGCACCUGGCUCCGGGCAGCCGCGGGAUAAGGCUUUGCCUGCCACGAUUUCGGGACAAGGAUGGUGAGACUGCCCAUGGCCAUGAGCCCUCCGUGCUCCUGGGGCUGAGGCUGGGGCUGGCAGCCAUGGGGCUGGGUCGCCUCCAGACCUGGUUGUUGGGCCUGCCCACGGCCGUGGUCUAUGGCUCCCUGGCCCUCUUCACCUCCAUCCUGCACAAUGUGUUCCUGCUCUACUACGUGGACACCUUUGUCUCAGUGUACAAGAUCAACAAAACGGCCUUCUGGGUUGGAGAGACGGUGUUUCUCCUCUGGAACAGCCUCAAUGACCCCCUCUUCGGCUGGCUCAGUGACCGCCAGUUCCUCAGCUCCCAGCCCCGGUCGGGCGCUGGGCUCUCCUCGAGGGCCGUGGUGCUGGCCCGCGUGCGGGCACUGAGCUGGCAUGGGCCGCUGCUGGCACUGUCGUUCCUGGCGUUCUGGGUGCCCUGGGCCCCGGCUGGCCUGCAGUUCUUGCUGUGCCUGUGCCUGUAUGAUGGCUUCCUGACGCUCGUGGACCUGCACCAUCACGCCUUGCUGGCUGACCUGGCCCUCUCGGCCCAUGAUCGCACCCACCUCAACUUCUGCUGCUCCCUCUUCAGCGCGGCUGGCUCGCUCUCUGUCUUUGCUUCCUACGCCUUUUGGAACAAGGAGGAUUUCUCCUCCUUCCGCGCCUUCUGCGUGACACUGGCCACCGGCUCUGGGCUGGGCUUUCUGGGGGCCACACAACUGCUGAGGCGGCGGGUUGAGGUGGCCAGAAGGGAGCCCGGGUGCUCAGCCCUGGCUGUGGAUGGUGGCCUGUGUGGAGAGAAGCUGCUUGUGGGCAGUGAGGAAGUGGGCAGCGUCACCUUGGGCCAGUACCUCCGGCAGCUGGCACGCCACCGGAACUUCCUGUGGUUCGUGGGCAUGGACCUGGUGCAGGUCUUCCACUGCCAUUUCAACAGCAACUUCUUUCCCCUCUUCCUGGAGCAUCUGUUGUCGGACCACAUCUCCCUUUCCACAGGCUCCAUCUUGUUGGGCAUCUCCUAUGUCGCUCCCCAUCUCAACAACCUCUACUUCCUGCCCUUGUGCCGACGCUGGGGUGUCUACGCUGUGGUGCGGGGGCUCUUCCUGCUCAAGCUGGGCCUCAGCCUGCUCAUGCUGCUGGCUGGCCCAGACCACCUCGGCUUGCUCUGCCUCUUCAUUGCCAGCAACCGUGUCUUCACUGAGGGCACCUGUAAGCUGCUGACCUUAGUGGUCACUGACCUGGUGGACGAGGACCUGGUGCUGAACCACCGCAAGCAGGCGGCCUCGGCGCUUCUCUUUGGCAUGGUUGCCCUCGUGACCAAGCCGGGCCAGACCUUUGCCCCAUUGCUGGGCACCUGGCUGCUCUGCUUCUACACAGGUCAUGACCUUUUCCAGCAGCCCCCAAUGACCCCUGUAGGGAGUGCCCAGCCCUGGCCAGAGCCCCCAGCCCCAGCUCCCGCACAGGCCCCAACGCUCCGCCAGGGGUGCUUCUAUCUGCUGGUGCUGGUGCCCAUCACCUGUGCUCUGCUGCAGCUCUUUACCUGGUCCCAGUUCACGCUGCACGGGAGACGCCUGCACAUGGUCAAGGCCCAGCGCCAGAAUUUGUCAGGGGCCCAAACCCUGGACAUUAAGACGGUGUAAGAGGUGCAGCAAGGCCACCCUGCUGAGAACACUGGCUGAAGCCCAGGGCAGGAGCCACUUUUACCAGUGUUCUGCUCCUCUACCUUCCUUGGGUACGGCCUGGAGGACAGAUGGCAGGGUAGAAGCACACUUGUCACUGAGGCCUAAGCCCCUGCUUAGCUGCCUGGCCCAGCUUGGGCAAGGGCUGGGCCAAAUGUGCUCAGGGACCUGGGACCUGCUUCCCUUGUGGGGCAGGAGGAAAGAACAGGACCAAGAAGGGACAGGGCUGCCAUGCAUGCACACAGGGUUGCCAUGGGGCUCAGAAGCCCAUCCCACUGCCUGGCUGGGGCUGGCCACUCAGGUGGGCUCAGGAACCACUUUUGAUACUGCAACUGCUCCCUUCUACCCAGUCAGGGGAAGCUGUCCGUCCCACAGCCCCUCCUUCCACCCUUCCAGUGGUUUCUCUCAGAGGGUUCUCUGCUUCAGCUGUGCUGGACAUAGCACAUCUCCCCUGCCGUAGGGCUCCCCCAGCCCACUAGGCCUCCAGAGGGUGAUUUUGUUGCAGACUGAUUAAAGCCAGUCAUUCCUGUUC